AUGGAUUCGCCGUUCCGGCACAACAAGACGAGGGGCUUCGUCUCCAGCACGGAGCUGAGCAUGAAGCAAGCAGUGCUGAGCGCGCCGGAGCCUGAGGGCAGGUCUCACUUCCAGAAGGUCUCGCUGGUGUCGCGGCGGCUGGAGAGCGCGGGGAGCGCGCGGGCCCGGGAGGGGAGUCCCUCCCGUGUCUCCCUCCUGCUGCAGGCCUGGGAGAGGGAGAUCGUGGAGAAGACAGCGGCCGGCCCCACCACCCUGACGCACCAAGAACGCUCGUCCUCCGUCAACCUCCUCAAGGACUUCACCACGCACGGCCCCGUCUUCUCGCAGGUGUAUUCCCCCGCGCAGAAGCCCCGGCGGCAGGACGAGAGGGGGAAGGCGGGGGCCGACGGUGGCGGUGAUGGCAUCCCCCCGCCAGUGGGUGCCCCCUGCGAGAUGCCCGUGCACAGGGAGAGCUACGUGCACGGUGCCCUCCUCCCCACCCAACCCGCCGAGCGCCCCGCAGGGGGUCCCGGCGAGGGUCCCGGUGCCCCGUGCGGGGCCAAGCCCGGCUGCGUCUCUGCCCUGCCCAGGGCCAGGCACGUCACGGUGCUGCGGACGGGCAGGGACGCAGCCAGGCCUGAGCCGGGGCUGGCUGAGGGAAGAGAAGCCCAAAAGGGGAUGCACGAUGCUGCCGGCACCACGAUGGCCCUGCCGCAGCGGGAGAGCUGCGAGCAGGACGGCAGCAGCUUUGCUGGGGCCGCAGCGGGCAGCAAGUGCUCGCCGGGCACCGCGGAGGCUGCCGGGCUCCCGGCCAAGGGAUCCCCCAGGGAGAAACACUCGCCGCAAGCCGAAGCCGUGCUGGUGAACGCAGCCCUGGGAGAUGGCGACAGGCCUGGGGACCCACAAACCAGUAUAACCAGCUCCCCGCAGUGUCCCGUGGCAGACACCGGUGGCCAGGCUGAUCUGGCUGGUGUGGGAGAGGAAAGCGCGGCAGAUGGGGAUGGCACCAUUUCAGCCACACCACCGAGGACAGAGAGCCCCCCGGGAGCUGGCGGCACCCCCGAAAACCCCUCCUCAGAGGUGAGCGAUGGUCCAGAGCCUUCAACUGAAGCACCAGCAUCCCCAAAGGCUGAGGUUGAGUUGGAGGGGGGAGAGACGACGGGGGACCCCCAGGGCACGGCCCAAGAGUCCGAGAGCAGCCCAGAGCCCCCUGCCGAGCCCCCAGCCAAUGACCCACUGGCUGAGAGCCCCCCAGACACAACCGAGGAGGACCCCGCGCUGCGGGUGGACAUGGAGAUCUUCGUGGACACGCUGCGCAACAUGGAGCCCUCGGAGAUGCGGAAGGCGCCCAAGGCCCCACGCCAGCCCCGGCCUGGCGCGGGGCCCGGCGGGGCGCAGGAGGAGAGCCCCGAGGAGGAGGUGGAGAUCGAGAACCCCUACCUGAGUCCUGAUGAGCGGACGCCGGUGGGAACCCUCCAUGGGGCACCCGGGGACAGCACCGCCAGCAAUGCCAGCACCGCCAGCAAUGGCCGGGUGGAGGGGGGCUUGCUCCCGGGGACACCGAGGCAGGCGGGAGCGGAGGAAAAGGCCAAACUGGUGGCCGGGGGCUUAGCUGAGCGGAGCGUGCUCUUCCGAGGGAAUGUCCUCAAGGGCAUGGCACUGCUCUCCCACUUCUUGGAGCACCGGCCGACUGCGGCUGACGAGGUGAAGCCCUACUCACGCCUGGACAACAGUGUGCUCUACAGCCGCUUUGUCUCCCCCAGCACCGCCCCGCUUGAGCUGCCCGGCAGGGACGGCGGGGGCACAGGCUCGCCCACCCCCAGGGACCACAACGGGCUGGGCCCUGGUGAACACCCUGGCCCCGAGAUGGCCGUGCUGGAAGCCCCGAGUCCCAGCCGCAUCCCUCCUGUCACCAAAGAGCCAGAGAGCGCCGUGGCCCUGUGUCCCACUGAUGUCCUGCAGGAGGACAAGGAGGGCUUCGAGAAGAUCAACACGAGACCUGGCAAGAUCAUCCUCUUCUCUGAGGCCGGCUUUGUGGGCCAGAAACGGGAGAUCUGGGGCGACGUCCCCGACGCCACGUCCUGGGAGCUCUCGCACACCAUCUCCAUCCGGGUCAUCCGAGGCGGGUGGGUGAUGUACGAGAAGCCGCGGUUUCACGGGCGCAAGUGCGUGCUGGCCGAGGGGGACGUGGAGAUCGACAACCCCUGGACGGCGUAUGGGCAGAGCGGGCAGCCCUGCAGCAGCCGGCCCUUCCGCAUCGGCUCCUUCAAGUUGGUGGUGCGGGAUUACCAUACCCCCGAGAUCAGCCUGUUUGCAGAGGAGAAUGGCGAAGGUGCCCGGCUGAAGUUCACCGACUCGGCCGAGGACACCCGCAUGCAGGGCCAGGCGCUCACCGCCGCCUCCAUCAUCGUCCACUCGGGCUUGUGGCUGGUUUACUCCAAGCCUUUCUUCGACGAUGACCCCUACGUUUUGGAGCCAGGCGGGUACCCCAAUUUAAAGGCUUGGGGAGCAAAGGACCCAUCCAUCUGCUCCAUGCACCCCAUCAGGCUGGGCUGCCCCGUUGUGGAGAGACCCGGUGAGCCGCAGGUGCUGAUCUACGAGGCUGUGGGUUUCCAGGGCUGCAGCUUCACCAUCAACCGAGACAUCUACGACCUGAAGUGCCUGCCCGGGCCGGCACUGCCCACCGUGGGCUCCCUGCGUGUCCUGGGCGGCUGCUGGGUCGGCUACGAGAAGGAGGGCUUUCGCGGCCACCAGUACCUGCUGGAGGAAGGGGAGUACCAGGACUGGAGGCAGUGGGGCGGCUACAGCAAGGAGCUGGUGUCCUUACGGCUGAUACGGACGGACUUCUCCGACCCAGCGCUGGUCCUCUUCGAGGCCAUGGACUUUGAGGAGGGCCCGAGUGUGGAGCUGAGCGAGGCGCUCCCCGACACGCAGCUGGCCGGCUACGGCACCGUCACCCAGUCCAUCCACGUGCUGAGCGGCGUGUGGGUGGCCUACGAGGGCACCAGCUUCUCGGGCGAACAGUACAUCCUGGAGAAGGGGGUCUACCGCAGCUGUGAAGACUGGGGUGCCACAGAUUGCCGCAUCGCCUCGGCACAGCCCAUCCUGCAGGUCGGGGAACACAACCUCCAUUUCGUCUCCAAGAUCCUGCUCUUCUCAGAGCCCGACUUCUUGGGGGAGCAUGUCACCUUCAAGGAGGACCAGGAGGCCCUGCCUGCCACCUUCGUCCCACACUCCUGCAGAGUCCACGGGGGCAGCUGGAUCCUGUUCGACGGGCAGGCAUUCACGGGGGAGCAGCACGUGCUGUCCGAGGGCGAGUACCCCACGCUCAGCGCCAUGGGCUGCCUCUCCUCCACCGCCAUCCGCUCUUUGAAGAAGGUCCCAGUGUUUUUCUCGGAGCCCUCCAUCUUCCUGCACGGGCUGGAGUGUUUUGAGGGGAAGGAGAUUGAGCUGAACAACGAAGUGCGGAGUCUCCAGGCAGAGGGUUUCAACAACCACGUGCUGUCGGUGCGCGUCAAAGGCGGGAUCUGGGUUCUGUGUGAACACGGUGACUUCCGAGGACGCCAGUGGCUGCUGGACUGCACCGAAAUCACCAACUGGCUGACGUACAGCGGGCUCCAGCACGUGGGCUCCCUCUACCCCAUCCGCCAGAGACGGAUCUAUUUCCGCCUCAGGAGCAGGGAGCUGGAGCUCUACCUCUCCGUCCCCGACGAUGUGGAAGACAUGAAAGCAGGACGUGUGGUGGUCUCCAGCCUCAGCGAGCAGAGCAGCUCUGUCUGGUACUAUGAGGACGGGCUGAUGAAAAACCAGGUGGCCCCCAACAUGAGCCUGCAGGUCAUCGGGCCAGCCGGGAAGGGCGCGAAGGCUGUGCUGUGGUCUGAGACCCGGAUGCCGCGUCAGACCUGGAGCAUCGAUUCUCAGGGACGGAUCCACAGCCAGAUGUUCGAGGACAUGAUCCUUGAUAUAAAGGGUGGCCGAUCCUAUGACCGGGACCACGCCAUCAUUUGGGACGUGGCUGAGGAAAGACCCACGCAGAUCUGGGACAUACAGGUGCUAUGA